CGGCGACCGAGCCACCACUAGGGCCCAAAGAACGAGAGUGCAGCGAAGCGGGGAGCGGAGGAGACUGAGUCCAGGGCCACUAAAGCCCCGGAGGUGUGCUUAUCUCUCUUUGGCUUCUAACAGAGCUCCAGUGUCCCGUUCCAAGGGACGUCCCCCUCUCGCGGUCCAGUCCACCUCUCUGCCCUGUCCUUUGGCUGUCCCCAGCUGGAAAACCGUGCUGAAAAGACCGGGGCCGCUGCGCCCGGCACUGGGUAACCGAGAACACAGUCCUGAGCACGGUCCAACCUGUGCCGUGCCUAGCAGGAAGACCUUAACCGUGGGACUCCACCACCCCGCUUGAGCAGAUAUGAAGAUUUCAUUCAUCGAGCCCGCCAUUCUCCUUUACGCCUUUGCUAUGACGCUGACCAUCCCGCUGACAGCGCAGUAUGUGUACCGGAGGAUAUGGGAAGAAACCGGUAACUACACCUUUGCUUCCAAUAGCAAUGUCUCUGAAUGCGAGCAAAACAAAAGCAGUUCCACCUUUGCAUUCCAGGAGGAAGUUCAGAAAAAGGCAUCUCUCUUCAGCCUGCAGGUGGAAAUAAGUGGGUUAAUUCCUGGUCUGGUGUCUACCUUCAUGCUUUUAUCGAGUAGCGACAACCACGGACGGAAACUUCCCAUGGUCCUGUCAUCUCUUGGCUCUCUGGGAACCAACCUUUGGCUGUGUGCGAUGUCCUACUUUGACCUUCCCCUCCAGCUUCUGGUAGCAUCCACCUUUAUUGGCGCCCUCUUUGGGAAUUACACCACGUUCUGGGGAGCUUGCUUCGCCUACAUUGUGGAUCAGGAGAAAGAAUACAAGCACAGAAUCAUCCGCAUAGCCGUCCUGGAUUUCAUGCUGGGAGUCGUCACUGGGCUAACAGGCCUGUCGUCUGGCUAUUUCAUCCGAGAGCUGGGUUUUGCGUGGUCCUAUUUCAUUAUCGCCGUAGUUGUUCUAGUCAACCUGGCCUACAUUUUAUUUUUCCUCAGUGAUCCCAUAAAGGAGUCUUCAUCUCAGAUAGUCACUAUGUCCUGUAGUGAAAGCCUCAAGGACCUAUUUUACCGGACUUACAUGCUGUUUAAAAACGGUUCCUGUAAGCGGCGUUCUUUGCUCUGUCUGCUGAUUUUUACCCUUGUCGUCUAUUUUUUUGUGGUCUUCGGCAUCACCCCGGUUUUCACACUGUAUGAGCUGGGCCCUCCGCUCUGCUGGAAUGAGGUCUACAUAGGCUAUGGCUCAGCUUUGGGCAGCCUCUCCUUCCUGAGUAGUUUCCUGGGCAUCUGGCUGUUCUCUUACUGUUUGAAGGAUAUUCACAUCGCCUAUGUCGGCAUUUUUACCACGAUGGCGGGGAUGAUGCUCACCGCCUUCACCAGGACCACUCUGAUGAUGUUUUUAGUCCGAAUAUCAUUCUUUUUCGCCAUCAUGCCACUUUCCAUUCUGAGGUCCAUGCUGUCAAAGGUGGUCCACUCGACGGAACAAGGUGCGCUGUUUGCUUGCAUAGCUUUCUUAGAAACGCUUGGUGGCGUCGCUUCGACCUCUGCGUACAAUGGGAUUUAUUCAGCCACUGUUGCCUGGUACCCUGGGUUCGUCUUCCUGCUGUCUGCUGGUCUCCUGGUCCUCCCAGCCGUCAGUCUCUGCAUGGUCAAAUGCAUUGGCUGGGAAGAGGGAAGCUAUACACUGCUCAUCCACGAUGAGCCCAGUGAGCACCCAUCAGACUCGUGACAGCAGCAAUGCACACGCCCUGUGUGCGACUCCUGAGGAACUGCUCCGCAGUCAGUAUUUCACUAGGGAUCCACGUGACAAAACCCUGUCUCCAACCAAGUGAGUUGGGAGGACACACCGAGCUCUGCUGCUUCUGGGGCCACCCAGCAGCACACUGGGUUCUUCAAAGAGCAGACCCCAGUACCGUCCUCACUUCUCCAUGGACCAGGGAAAGACAGUGGAGAGCAGAGGAAGGCUUGUGAAACCUUGCUAAAACUUUAAAGCAAUAACUUCACUGACAUGCUCCAGUCUCCCAUGAGGAGACUAAGGAGUUCUGACCUCAGUCUCUCCGUCUGCACAAUGGGCUUGCUGGCCUCUCAGGGAUUUUUUUUGAAGACACAAUGAGGAAUUUUUAUUUGCAAUAAUCACUGAAAUGGAAAUGUCUCAGGCAUUUCUAGUUCUUCCUGGACUUGACUGAUGUUUCAAGAGCCUGUCAAGGCUCUACUAAUGGAAUGAAAAAUGAAGCACCUUUUAAAAUGUGUUUUUCAUUUUUCCUAGUGUUUUAUUCUGUGACAAGCCUGAUGAUGUUUUUAUAUGUAAUGAAAGGGGUGGGUAGAAAAUCAGAUUAUAAAUAAAAUUGUCCUAAAUUUGAAAACUCA